UUUGACAAUGUGAUUGGCAACACUCAUCUACUCACCGGCGUUUGAUUGAAUCUGUACAAUUAUUAUUGUUUAAAAUUGAAUAAUUUCUCCGUAUUAUUAUAAAUAAACGGGUUAAUAGUUUGUUUUUUUAAAGCAAUUCAUUAAUUUAACAGUUUCCUCAGUGAAGCGAGCAAUCGCCGAGAGGUUGAAAUUAUAUCAACACUCGCGGCAAAACGCAAUGGCUGAAACAGAAGCUGCAGUAAAUCCGAAAGCGUAUCCUUUAGCGGACGCUGCUCUUACCGCUAAAAUACUCAACUUGGUGCAACAAGCCGCCAAUUAUAAGCAGUUGCGAAAAGGCGCCAAUGAAGCUACGAAAACCUUGAACCGCGGUCUAUCUGAGUUCGUUAUAAUGUCCGCUGAUGCUGAACCUUUAGAGAUUGUGUUACACAUUCCAAUCCUUUGUGAGGACAAAAACGUGCCAUAUGUGUUUGUGAGGUCGAAACAAGCGUUGGGGCGUGCUUGCGGCGUCUCCCGGCCCAUCAUCGCUUGUUCAAUUACCAUUAACGAAGGUAGCCAGCUUAAACCACAGAUUCAAAGUAUUCAGCAAGAAAUUGAAAGACUCUUAGUUUAAGUGAUGUUGACUCUGAAUUAUGUAUGAAUGCAGGAUGUUAUUUUUAUAAAUACAGUGUGAAUUAUACAAGUUGACAAAU